AGAGGUAACAGAAAAGCGCUCUUCAGCUUCCCCUACAACUCAGCAACACAGCGCCUGUCUCACACGCAUCUCCGUGUGUGUGUGUGUGUGUGUGUGUGAAAGUACCCCAGGCUCCUGUGAACUGAACAUCCCUCCGUGCGGACCAGCGGGACCAUGGGACAGCUCUGAGCCGCCCGACUCCAGACCCUCCCUAGUUUGGGGCCCACACAGUAUGGUGGUGUUGCAUUCCUCCAAAGAGCCUGUCCUUUCACUCCGUAAUCAAACUGAUAUGGACCCCUCCACAGAGCCCCUCCCCGACCCUACUCACAGGGACCAUUGUGGGACCCCUCCAUCUAUUACAGCCCCCCGCAAACCAAUCCGUCUCCAGGAGAGGCGGGGCUCCAAUGUGUCCUUGGUGUUGGACGUUAGUAGUCUGGGCACAGUGGAACCCCUGUGCUCAAUCUCAACCCCAAAAGAAACCAUUCUGCACCUCCUCCGGACCAGCACACGCCCCCUGACUGCCUGCCAACUGCAGGAAGCCUCAGGCCUUGCCAAAGCCCUGGACAACGAGUACCAGAAAAUACCUCCAAACUUUGUCAAUUCGUCAGAGUUGGACAUCCCAGGCCACGCCUUAAAGGACCGCUAUAAGACCAUUCUUCCCAACCCAGAGACUCGGGUGUGCCUCCAGACCCCAGGGGCUGAAGAGAAGGCAGAUGGCUACAUCAACGCAAACUACAUCCGGGGUUACGGGGGAGCGGUAAAAUGCUACAUCGCGACCCAGGGUCCGAUGGUCAACACCGUGCGGGACUUCUGGGAGAUGGUGUGGCAGGAGGAGUCCAGCGUCAUCGUCAUGAUCACAGACCUGAAGGAGAAGAAGGAGAAGUGUGUGCUGUACUGGCCGGAGAAAGAAGGCCAGUUUGGCAGAUUCCAUGUGAGGGUGACUGCAGUGACAGAGUGUGAGGGAUACACAAUCCGAGCCCUCAGCCUUCAGCUGGGCAGUGAGAGCAGGCAGGUGAGGCAUUACUGGUACUCCUCCUGGCUGGAUCAUCAGACCCCAGACUGUGGCGAGCCACUGCUGCGGCUGCUGUGGGACGUGCAGCACAAGAGAGAGGCUCUCACACACCCCGGCCCCACUAUAGUGCACUGCAGUGCAGGCAUUGGGAGGACCGGUUGUUUCAUUGCCAGCAGCAUUGGCUGCCAGCAGCUCCAGCACACCGGGGAGGUGGAUGUGCUGGGAAUUGUCUGUCAGUUACGGCUAGACAGGGGCGGGAUGAUCCAGACCACUGAGCAGUAUCAGUUUCUGUACCUCACCCUGGCGCUGUACAGCCGUCAGCUGAGCCAGAGUCACCAUGGAGACAGGGGGCGGAGCAACACCAGCCAAACAGACAGAAGGGCCCAGGAGGACCAUCACAUCCCAGCAACACCAGCACCGCUUCAGGAUCCCUGAUCCCACCAGCUUCUGUAUUCCAUAUUGUAUCAUUUUAAGAACUGUACUUUCAUAAUACCUUUGUUUUCUUCCAAUCUUUUUGUUUUAAAUGCCUCAGCAGACAGGCUUGGCUAAAAUAAAUAUUUGUAUGUCAGUGUA